GCAGUAGCGCGUAAAGCUUGAUGCACGGUUCUGUUUCGAUACUCUAGAUUCAGAAAUCUAGUUAGUUUUUUAUUACUCGCAUCCGCGUUGGCGGGCUUCUUUUGACUUUGGCAUAUGUAAAUUUUGGCCUUGCGAUCAUUAUCAUAUCAUAUCGUCGCGUGCAGAAGGCCAAGUGCAAUAUUGGAGCGAAAUAUCUUAUUGCCUGUACCUUACUAUAUUUUAUCCCAAAUAAUAGGCAAAUGUUGGUAAUAAAUCUUGAUUUCUAAAUUACGAUGACUUAAUCACUCUAACAAAGUAAACGAACAAUUCGGACUCCUCAGCGCGGAUGUUUUGUUGCCGGCUAUACCCGUCAAUCACCCACCUUUUGAUGAAAUGGUCAGAAGUGGCCAACCAGAGCGCCCAUCGAGAUCGUUCCUUAAAAUAUGGCACCAAAAAUCGAGAACUUUACGGAGGAUGCCAGUAGCGGAUACAAAUUCAUCAGAACAGUGCAGAUUGAGUUGCAGUACUUCAAUAAGCGUAAACUCCGCGGGUCAUGGCUUCCAGCAACUGUUCACAGCUUUGGACAACUCAUUGUCACCUUGUACAACGUUGGUUACAAAAACCUGUCAUCUCUUAAUUCCAAUACUUCUUCUUGUUCUUUCACCUGUCAGCUGCACAGAGAGACCGAGUUCUGGCGGCAAAAUCGGCCCCCUUUGUUUGGCGGAAGUCGGCGAUGUUGGCGUAUGCAUGUUUCUUCGCACCUGCUUAGAAAACCAAGGAAAGCCAUCGGGAACAUGUGCAAAGUCAUUUUUUCUAGCGUCUUGUUGUGUUUUACCCAAUGCUACUGCCCCCGCCAGCACCAAUCAGAAACCCGGCAAUAAAUUACUUGGUCCUAGUCCUUUUGAGCAAAUCCUUAAAGAGAUCUCAGUAUAUAGAGCACAAGAUUUAACACAGUUGAAAAAUCGUCUUUCCUUUGCGCCAACAAUUCAUUCACCCUACUCUUCCAAUUACUGGACAACUUCCGCUGCGAUUAUGACAGCCGCCCCAACCACUUCACGAUGGCGACAUCGUCCUCCUUCAACGUUGCAGACAACUACCGCGACUACUGUUCAAACGGCAACAAAAAAGCACCAUGUUUUGGAUAAGGCCAUUUUUCCAGUCACUUCGACAACGGUAUUGACAAAACGAAAUAAAGUCUGGACGGCAAGUCCUUUAGAGCAUAUUCCUAAUGCCACAGUUACAACUGCCACUUUAUACCCUUCCACCACACCCCAAGUCUCCACCGUGCCAUCGACACUACCAACUUGGUUUACUACCCGCAAUACAACCAAUAUUCAAUCGAAUUCCAACGUGAAUUCCACACCAUCUGAUGCGGAAAAUCCCAAAGCACCUAUUGACCCAGGAGAUUUCCGUUUAAAUGUUGAUGUGCAGCUCAACCUUCAAGCCAUGGAUAAAUUGAAGAACAGCAUACCAAACGCUCAGGCUGAGUAUUUGGAAAUCGUUUCCAGCAACAACUACCCAGUGCCGGGUUUUUCGGGAGGUACGAGUGGACAGUCUACAAAAGUCAACUUUCCAGUUAAUUCUGAAAAUGUGUUACCGAUAUCUACCGCUACCAUUGCAACCGAUUUACCCAUUUCCCGUCCGGCGACUACGACCACGAUUAAAGCCACCACGACAGCAACGACAACAACAACACCGACUACUACGACAACGCCAUUAACGACCACGACAACAGAGACCACCACUACAACGACUCCCUCCACCACACCCACCACGACGACUCCCACGACCACACCCACAACUACCACGACGACAACCGCGACCACAACUAUUACCACAACAACAGCAUCAACAACAGCAUCCACCACUUCCUCAACCACACCUACCACGACGAGUACUACUACAACUUCAACCCGAACACCCAUUCAAGAGCUGGUAUGGAACAGUCUGACGACACAUACCCCAGAUGACAACAACGCUGCUGAUGGGAACAGUGCGGCCACUAAUGCUCCGGUUGUGGAUGUUUUAGCGGCGGAUAAGCUGAAUCAAAAGGGUCAAAUUGCAAUUCAACUGAGCGAAAUCUGUGGAAUAACACCUCUGUUGUGGAAGCGAAUCGUUGGUGGCAGCCAAGCCAAAUUCGGCCAGUUUCCGUGGGAAGUGUCGCUGCGUCGGAUUGUCGGAUUCGUUUCCUCUCACCGUUGCGGGGCGGUGCUAGUGCAUCCUAACUGGAUUUUGACGGCAGCUCAUUGUGCUUCUGACAUCCCUACCGACAAGAUGGUAGUACGAAUAGGUGAAUACGACCUUAGUGAGGUGAACACCGUUUUCCCUCAUGUGGAUUUCCGAGUGGCGGAGCGGAUCAUUCACGAAAAAUUCAACUUCCUGACCUUUGAAAACGACAUUGCUUUGUUACGACUUCCGGAACCAGUCACGCUAGCUCCGCAUAUUAUACCUAUUUGUCUGGGACCCUACAAAAAUUAUACCGGCUCCAUGGGAACCAUUGCCGGGUGGGGCAGAACCAGUCAGGGAGGUGCGCUGCCACCCAGAUUGCAUCAAGUUUCCGUGCCAUUUAUAGCCAAAAAAGAAUGUGAGAAAUGGUUUGAUACCGGUGAUCGUCAUCAGGAUAUUGAACCUUGCUUUAUUUGCGCCGGUUACAAGAAUGGUGGUCGUGAUGCAUGCCAGGGGGAUUCGGGCGGGCCUGUUGUGCAGCAGAUAAAUGGCCGUUGGGGACUCGUCGGCAUUGUCAGUUGGGGCAUCGGAUGUGCCGAGCCCAAUCUGCCCGGAGUUAGCACGCUGGUGCCACUCUACGCUGAUUGGAUUCAAAAGAAAACUAAGGGAGAUGUUUAUAUGCCGGAGUUUUACACUGAGAAAUAUGGCACACCACCAACAAUUGCGGCAUUAACUGCCAAGCCGGAACAGUGGAAAGAUAUGAACUAAACGUCCAACUGCAGGAAGGUUGCACAAUUGUUUUGUUAUUACGUCCGGACGGAUAUGCAUACUAUAAAAUGGUCUGUACUAUGCAUUUAAUUUAUGCUUUGUUUAUUUAUUAAAUAAACAGUUAAAAUCGUACACGUACUAGGUAGCUGAAAUGGUUUUAUGAUGAUAUGUACUUCUGGUGUCCCUGUUUCUGCGCCGCAGUUCGGAAAACAAUCCGGCCGGGUGCACCAUAUUGGUUGACACGAGUUGGCACUAUUAAGCCCUGGUUUUAUUGGUCCCCUACGAUAUCGCCAAAAGUGUUUAUAAUGCCUUUGAUGUUAUCUGUUUUAUGCAAAAAGUCCUAUUACGCGUUUUAAAGGAAAUUAAAGUUGAU